GUAAAUUAACCAUAAUGUUAAGUCUGCCAAACCUCAACAUUCCCCAGGCAUUUUGUUUAGCUGUUUUUGUUAUUUAUUGCUCUGUUUCUACUCUGAUCCUGCAUACUAAGUUUGCUGUUUGCUGACAUUUCUUCUUUACCACUCUAGUCUGUCUGAUAGGUAAGUUACUGUACCAUUCAAACCCUCUUGGAGAAAGCCCACCAUGGAAGUUUCUGAAGCGAUGAUCCAGGUCAUUUUGGACUUCACAGAGGUGCCUUCCAGUAAUUCAUUACUGUGUGGAAAUCAGAGUUUUACACCCGCCUGUAUAGAAGACAGACCUGCAGGCGUUGAUAUACCGGAUGACUGUCAAAAUUUGCCGCUCACUGAUGAUGACCCUGGGGAUGUCUCAGCAACAAAGAAGCUGGAAACAGUAACUGGUAUAGAAAGCGAAAAAAGUGAAUCAGAGGAUGAAAAAUCCGAGAAUCCGUCAUCAGAUGGUAAUCCACUCACGGUGAAAGCCUCUAGCCAUGAAAUCGCACGUAAACAGCCAGCUAGCCAUGGUGCAACAAUGACACAAUGUAAACAGUGCUCGCAGACUUUCUCCACGCCAAUGGAGUUGAAGGCUCAUGUUGCGUCGCACAUUGGGGAAAAUCCACUCACCUGCGAAUUCUGCGGGAUGGGUUUUAAAUAUGCAAGCAAGAUGACGACUCAUGUGCGAAUACACACAGGCACAAAGCCUUACUCCUGCGAUAUAUGCGGCAAGAGUUUCACGCAGUUCCCCAAGUUGAAGCGCCACAAAUUGGUUCACAUGGGCGACUUGCCAUACAGCUGUGAUCUUUGUGAGAAGGGCUUCAAAAGCUCUAUAGCCUUAAAGAACCACACGUACGUUCACCUGGACGUUAAGCGGCACACAUGCGAGGUCUGCGGAAAGAGCUUCUCAUACUCGUCAAACUUAUGGCAGCACAAGCUGAUUCACUCCGAAGAGAGGAGGUACCCGUGCGACGUCUGUGACAAGAGCUUCAAGCAACUGCUAAGCCUGAAGAAACACAGGCGAAUUCACACGGGCGAGAAACCGCACGUUUGCAAGGUGUGCAACAAGAGUUUCACACAGUCUUCUCAUCUGAAAAACCACAUCAAGAUUCACACGGGAGAGAAACCAUACUCUUGCGAGAUCUGCCGUCAGACCUUCUCGCGGCUCUGCUCGCUGAAGAAACACGGAAAGAGACACGAGAGAGAAAAACGACACCAAGAAGAUGUGAGACGGCUGGAGAAGGCCGGGCAACGAAUAAACGCCGAGCGGCAAGCGGCGAAAGUGUCCGACUCGACGGGUGAAGUAGCGUCAAAUCUGAGUCAUGUGCGCAUGAGCGGUCAGACGAUUCUGAAUCUGAACCUGAUUCUGAGUGGCAGUGUAUCAAAAGGCAAGGCUGCUUGUUGACUUCUUCUUGGAGCGAUACUGUUGUGGUAUGAUAGCGUUGAAAUGCGUAUAAGAUGUGGGUUUGACAUGAUUUUGUUAUUAUUAGCUCCUCUCCAACACCAACACUCCCCACACCCACCCACCCCAUCCCCUCAGGGUACUGGGGAGGACAUGUGUGUUACCGGCUUUAUUUCCUAUUUGUAUAAUUUCUUAUACAAAUAUAUACAUACCUUUGUCUUUGGGAGCUAGUGUUAAACGUUGUUUUGGAAAUGGAACGCCAUUUACGGACUACGAAUUGUAUAUGAAUGUCGGACAUGACGCCUAUAUGACGCCUUCACACUUCAGGUGUCAGUCGAGACCCCGGGAUCAAACCCAGGUUGGGUUAUACCAAAGACUUUAAAAAUCGCACUUAUAGCUACUUCGCUUGGCGCUCAGCACUGAGACGUUAGAGCAAGAAAACAGGACUGGUUGGCCGGGUGUCAGUAUGAUGUGAUUGGUUGGGGUCUCCUGUCUGGUGUCUUCGGCAUGAUGCUUCAGUGGUGUCACCACAUUGUAGACAUGGACUCACCCUGCCACAAGAAGACACAGUAUGUUCACACCUAAUGACUCAUCAUUGUCAUAUGACUGAAAAAAUUACGACGUUAAAUCCCAAGCAUAUAUGCAUACAUACCCACAUAAAUCUGUCAGUCUGUCACGAAUCAGUUUUCCGGACAUAUCUCAAAGCGGCUCAUUGCUUUGAAUUGAAACACAGUACGUGGUUUCAGUAUGACUAUUUACAAAUCAAGCUUGAGUUUCGGGUAGUUUUAUCCAUUUUAGACACAAACAAAUUGUUCUGCGUUUGUCCACUGUAUGUGUUGUCACCAUGGCCCCAA